GCCAAAACCAAAACUCAAAACUCAAAACCCUCUCCCUGUCUCUCUAUCUGUGUCUAUCUCUCUUUUCCCUGUUACGAGCAGCAGCGCAGAAGGCAGGACUGUGAAGAGAGAGAAAUCGAAACCGCAAUGGGGGAGCAAUCGGACUCGUUGGAGGAGGUGCCGUUGGAGGACAGUCUGGUACCGGAGGACCGCCUCCGGUGCGGCAAGAACGACGGCAAGGGUUGGCGGUGCAGCAACUGGAGGCUCCACGACAAGAGUUUGUGCCAGAAGCACUACCUUCAAAUCCGCUCUCGGUCUGUGAAGUCAGCUAGCCCUAGGGUUUUGGGGAAAGCGGCUCGGAGAUCGGGGCUUGCCAAGAGGAGGCGGCCUAGGGCCGAGGAUUCUGAAGAGGAGGUGAUUCCGAAGAGGAAGAGGCGGGGGAAGGCGGCGAGUGGGGGGGAUGACGAAGACGGCGAGUCGGCUGGUGAGAAAUCGGCAAUGGUGGCCAACAUAAGUCGGGGAGAGGACGAGGAAAGUGAGGACGUUAGUGGUGGAGAAUCUGGAGAUGAUGAUUCGGAGGAGGCCAAGACUGCGAAGCUGUCGACGGGGAAGAAGAACAACAAAGCAAAGCAGAAGGCCGAAGACGAAGGCGAGAGUGGCCAUGGAAGUGACGGCAAAGAGGAGGAUCAAAAGGAGUCUCUGUUGGCGAAGAAGAUGAUGAAGGUCGCUACUGGUUUGAGAAAAAGCAAACCUAAAAAAGAAGAGGAGGAAACUGAUUGGGUAGAUGAUUCGGAGGAUGGUGAGGAUGCUAAGUUAGCAAAAGGAAUGAACAAGUUAUCGGGACGGAAUAAGAAGAAGGCUCGGAAGUUUCAAGAGAAGAAAUCAAGAGCGGUAACCAAAAUUAAAGAAGAGGAGGAAGAUGUCGAGCAACCUAACGAUUCAAAAGGUGAAAUUUCUGAUGUAGGUACAAGAAGGUCUCGUCAGAAGCAAGAUAGCUCGCGUCCUGAUGCUAGGAGGAGGUAUUUCAGUACUGAUGGAGGUGACGAUAAUUGCCAAAUGUGCCACCAAUGCCAGAGAAGUGAUAGGAGGGUGGUGCGAUGUAGCCGUCGCUGUCGCAGGCGUUUUUGCGGCCCUUGCAUUGAGAGAUGGUACCCUGGACUAUCAGAGGAAGAAGUAGCAGAGUGUUGUCCAUUUUGUCGGGGAACCUGUAACUGUAAAGCUUGUUUGCGCCGAAAAGAUAUACCUAUGCUUGGUGUUGCACUUGACAAAUAUAUUGGAAUGCCUGAAAAUAAGGAUGAAAAGAUUUGCCACCUAAAGUAUCUAGUACACUUACUCUACCCAUUUUUGAAACAAUUUGAGCAUGACCAAACAAUGGAAAAGGAGAUUGAGGCCAAGAUUCUAGGAGCUUCUCCGUCAGAUGUGGAGAUUCAGCAGGCUGUUUGUAGUAAUGACGAACGUGUGUAUUGCAACAAUUGCAGAACCUCUAUAGUUGAUUUUCAUCGAUCUUGUCCAAGCUGUUCUUUUGAUCUCUGCCUUUCUUGUUGCCGAGAAAUUCGGGAGGGUUGCCUGGAAACAGGUGGUAAUAUUUUUUCAAAUCCAACCCUUGAAUCAAGUGUUGAGGCUGAUAGAAGGCCGACAUCUGUCUGGAGAGCAAAGGAAACUGGUGAUAUUCCUUGCCCACCUGAGGAUAUUGGUGGUUGUGGAUAUGACCGAUUGGAAUUGAGGCGUACAUUUCCACAAGAUUGGGUUUUGGAAUUGAGAGAAAAAGUAGAAAAGCUUGUCAAAAACGAUAAAUUUAAGAGCAAAUCUGGAAUAUCUAAGGAUUGCUGCUCCAGAUUCAAGGUGAAUGGUGAGGUUGACAUAAGUAGUGGAAAUCUUCGCAAGGCUGCUUCAAGAAGUGAUACUGAUGACAACUAUUUGUAUUGCCCUUUGGCAAGUGAUAUCCAUCAAGGGGAUUUGGAGCACUUCCAGAGACAUUGGGUCAUGGGAGAGCCAGUUAUUGUUCGUGAUGUUCUGGAAUUUACCUCUGGUUUGAGCUGGGAGCCUAUGGUUAUGUGGCGUGCAUUCCGUGAGAUAACGUAUACUGGUAAUUCAGAUUUGAAAGUGACAGCUGUUGAUUGCCUUGAUUGGUGCGAGGUUGAGAUAAAUAUUCAUCAGUUUUUCAAGGGAUAUUCAGAAGGUCGAUCACACAGAAACCUUUGGCCAGAGAUGCUCAAACUUAAAGAUUGGCCCCCUGCUAACUUCUUUGAGGACAAGUUACCACGCCAUGGUUUGGAGUUCAUAACUUCUUUGCCAUAUUUAGAAUACACUCAUCCCUGGUCUGGUCUUUUAAACCUCGCUGCAAAGUUGCCUAAUGAUACACUUAAGCCAGACCUUGGUCCCAAAACAUAUAUAGCAUAUGGGUUCCCUGAAGAGCUCGGUCGUGGAGAUUCUGUGACAAAACUACAUUGUGAUAUGUCAGAUGCGGUGAAUGUCUUGACACACACAGAAGAAGUGAACCUUGGUCCCAAGCAGCUUUCUAAAAUUAAUUUACUGAAAAAGGAGCAUGCUGCUGUAGACCAACGUGAACUCUUUGGUGCUGUUAACACACGUGUUCUAGAUGCUGGGAACCAUUUUUGUGAAUCAGAUGGGAAGUUUAAGUCAGAGCCAUCUCUGACUAAGUCAUGUAACGAAGUUCAUGAAGAUCAUGCUGUGGGUAUUGAAGCUGAAAAAAUGAUAGAAGAUGUUACUUUUUUCAGCAUAAAGGGUGACGACACUGAAGUGAAAGAUGCCACAGUCAAUGGAAUGGAUGAAGCUGCUGGUAUGGCAUCAGAAAACAAAACUGAUGCUGAUGGGAUGGAGGAAUCUAAGAAGGGGAGACACCUGACAAGGGGGCGGCAACGUCGUGGGAGGAAGGGGAGGAAACGGUAUAAAAGAUCUGACAUGAAUUCUGAGGAUUUACCAAUUGAGGCUGCUGAUGCUUUCAAUUCUCUGGAAGGAGGAGGGGUAACCACUAAUAAGGAUGAUGACACAGGAUUCCAAGAGAGUGAUAUUGGAAAAAAUGAUAACCCACAAGACAAGUCUGUUUCUGAGACCAAUGUGAAUGGACUGGGGUCAAUGAAGGGAGGUGCUCUUUGGGACAUUUUCCGACGACAAGAUGUUCCCAAACUUCAGGAGUAUAUUAGAAGGCACCAUAAGGAGUUCAGGCACAUCUAUUGCCAUCCAGUAGAGCAGGUAAUUCAUCCUAUUCAUGACCAGGCCUUCUACUUGGAUAUGCAUCACAAGAGGAAGCUCAAAGAAGAGUUUGGAGUUGAACCUUGGACGUUUGUGCAAGAACUUGGGGAGGCAGUCCUUAUACCAGCUGGAUGUCCUCAUCAAGUUAGAAAUCUUAAGUCAUGCAUAAAGGUUGCCCUCGAUUUUGUUUCGCCUGAAAACCUUAAUGAAUGCAUCCGUUUGACCGAGGAAUUUCGGGUUCUGCCACCAAGUCACAGGGCUAAAGAGGAUAAGCUGGAGGUGAAAAAGAUGUCUCUUUUUGCAUUAAGCCAAGGAGUGCAAGAUCUGGAGGAGCUGACCAAGUGAGUCUAAAGCUUGUGUGAGACAGGGGAUUCGGGGGAAGUUCAGGCAUCGCCGUUGGAAACCUCGGCACCAUGUCCAGACCCGUCUCAACAGCCAGAAGCCAUCUCCCCAUCAUCUAGUACUCCAUGUUCCACCUGAUGGACUAGCCACCCACUCCUCGUGGAUAAUCAAUCGUAGCUAGUCCAUGUUGGAAUCUGUUGCUUGUGUUUAACCAAAACAUUGAGUCACCCGCAUUUUGUUGUUAAAUGUGUAAAUGCUUUUUGUGUAGUCCUCUCUUCGUAGAGACCCCUUUGUAUGUAUUGUAUUGAGGAGUAAGGAGGUAGUUUCCUGUGCGCAUAUAUAUAUAUUUAUAUAUACAUAUAUAUAGAGGAUCUGAAAGCGUUU